AUGUUGUUGCUGAUUAGGCGACCAGAAUUGGCAUCAGCAACAAAUCUAGUCUCGUGGCAUCCAUUUACGGGAGGAGUUCGUGUGCCGUCGUAUGGGAUCGGAAAGUACAACCUUACGGAAGACUUUUCCUUAGUGAUCCAUGACGUCGAGGAUGAUGACGCAGGACGGUACAUAUGUAGACUAUCCGACUUCAGAGGUUAUGAGCUCAGCAAUCACACUGUGGCCACAGUUAAAGUUCCACCCCAGAAACCAUUCCCAGCAAUUGACCAAUGCCCAUCAGGAUCGCCCGGAAGCGGAGAAAACCCGUGUACGCUGACAACCGAGAUAGGUGACACGACUGAACUGACAUGUCAUGCUCGGGGUGCGCCAAGAGACGUGAUCUCGCUAUCCUGGACCCUCAGAGGCAGAACUAUCUCCAGCCAAGAACCGCACAGAUAUGCCAACCCCGACGGCCUGACGGAAGAUUUGAAAUUUACAAUCGACGCAGCGCCAAGCACUGAUCCGUACGUCUGCGCUGCCAUUCUGCCGGCGACCACCCGAGAAAAUGCGACCGCCAGCGUUAUAGUGAAACCAGCACCAAUCAUAACAACCACCGAAUUUGUAAUAACUACAAAUGGAGAUCCCGGUAAUAGAUCUUUAGGGAAAGUUGCCAUCGCCAUUAUCGUCAUCACCUUACUCAUCGCCUCCAUAAUCGUCGUCUUCAUUUGGAGGAGAAUAAAGAAGAGUUAUGAACCGUUAAAUGGAGAUAAGAAAUUCAUUAAAGGCCCUGUUUCGUAUUUGGAGCUUUGGGAGUUUGUCGGAAUGUGUGACCCUCUGGUCACGAAGAAGAUUGUAGAAAGGAUGGUGGAAAAUCUUCAGACAGACUCAGGAUUCGACGUCGUGCCCCCUAAGGCUGAGUCGGUGAGAUUUGCGUAUGCAUUACCCCAUGUCAGUAUUCCAUAA